UCUGCUGCCGCCGCGGCGGCCGCUGCUGCUGUUGCUGCUGCUGCCGCCGCCGCCGCCGCCGCCGCCGCCGCCGCCGCUGCCUGGAUAUAGUGCGGCAAGGAGCGGAGCUUGCAGUCACUUUGCGAGGAGGAGCGCGCGGGCUGCGGGCGGCUGGGGCACCCCGGGAGCGGCGGCGGCUCUAGCUGGGGCGGCCGUGGCAGCGGAAGGUUCUCUCUCCAGGGCUGGACUUAAUAACUUUGGAACUGUCCUCCAGUGUCACGUCCUGAACAUGAGCCUCCUCCUCUCCUUCUACCUGCUCGGGUUGCUUGUCAGUAGCGGGCAAGCUCUUCUUCAAGUGACAAUUUCACUUAGCAAAGUAGAGCUUAGUGUGGGUGAAUCUAAAUUCUUCACAUGUACAGCAAUUGGUGAACCUGAGAGUAUAGAUUGGUAUAAUCCUCAAGGAGAGAAGAUAAUUUCAACACAGAGGGUAGCAGUGCAAAAGGAAGGUGUCAGAUCACGACUAACCAUCUACAACGCAAAUAUAGAGGAUGCAGGGAUUUAUCGCUGUCAAGCAACAGAUGCCAAAGGACAGACACAAGAAGCUACAGUUGUUUUGGAAAUUUACCAAAAACUCACUUUCAAAGAAGUGGUAUCUCCUCAAGAAUUCAAACAAGGAGAGGAUGCCGAAGUGGUUUGCCGCGUUAGCAGCUCACCUGCCCCUGCGGUCAGCUGGUUGUAUCAUAAUGAGGAAGUCACCGCUAUUUCCGACAAUCGCUUUGCUAUGCUAGCCAACAAUAAUCUGCAGAUUCUCAACAUCAAUAAAAGUGAUGAAGGUAUAUACCGAUGUGAAGGAAGAGUGGAGGCUAGGGGAGAAAUUGACUUCCGUGAUAUCAUCGUUAUUGUUAAUGUGCCGCCAGCAAUCACAAUGCCUCAGAAAUCCUUUAAUGCCACAGCAGAGAGAGGAGAGGAGAUGACAUUCUCUUGCAGGGCCUCUGGCUCCCCUGAGCCCUCCAUCUCCUGGUACAGGAAUGGCAAGUUCAUUGAAGAAAAUGAAAAGUACAUAUUGAAGGGAAGCAAUACAGAACUCACUGUCAGGAACAUAAUUAAUAGUGAUGGGGGUCCUUAUAUCUGCAGGGCCACAAAUAAAGCAGGAGAAGAUGAAAAGCAGGCAUUUCUCCAGGUCUUUGUACAGCCUCACAUAAUACAGCUUAAAAAUGAGACUACGUAUGAGAAUGGUCAAGUCACACUUAUAUGUGAAGCAGAAGGGGAGCCUAUACCAGAAAUCACUUGGAAAAGAGCAGUAGAUGGCAUCACAUUUUCUGAAGGAGAUAAGAGCCCAGACGGCCGUAUCGAAGUCAAAGGGCAGCAUGGAAGCUCCUCACUGCAUAUUCAAGAUGUGAAGUUGUCAGAUUCAGGGAGAUAUGACUGUGAAGCUGCGAGUAGGAUUGGAGGGCACCAAAAGAGCAUGUACCUUGAUAUUGAAUAUGCUCCCAAGUUUAUAUCAAACCAAACAAUUUAUUACUCUUGGGAAGGAAACCCUAUCAAUAUAAGCUGUGAUGUGAAAUCUAAUCCACCAGCAUCAGUCCAUUGGAGAAAAGAGAAAUUAGUCCUGCCAGCUAAAAACAUCACUAAUUUAAAGACAUAUAGUGCAGGGAGAAAGAUGAUAUUAGAGAUAGCACCUACAUCUGACAAUGACUUUGGACGAUAUAAUUGCACAGCCACUAACCGUAUAGGAACAAGAUUUCAAGAAUAUAUUCUUGCUUUGGCUGAUGUACCAUCCAGUCCCUAUGGAGUGAAGAUUAUAGAGCUGUCACAGACCACAGCCAAGGUUUCUUUCAACAAGCCGGACUCCCAUGGAGGUGUGCCUAUUCAUCACUAUCAAGUGGAUGUCAAAGAAGUGGCAUCAGAAACCUGGAAAAUAGUACGCUCCCAUGGAGUUCAAACAAUGGUUGUUUUGAGCAACCUGGAACCAAAUACGACUUAUGAAAUCAGGGUUGCUGCAGUAAAUGGAAAAGGGCAAGGAGACUACAGCAAAAUAGAAAUUUUCCAGACGUUACCAGUCCGUGAACCAAGUCCUCCAGCCAUACAUGGGCAGCCAAGCAGUGGAAAGAGCUUUAAACUAAGUAUCACCAAACAGGAUGAUGGAGGGGCCCCUAUUUUGGAAUACAUUGUCAAGUAUAGAAGUAAAGAUAAAGAAGAUCAGUGGCUAGAGAAAAAAGUGCAGGGAAAUAAAGACCACAUUAUUUUGGAGCAUCUACAGUGGACAAUGGGGUAUGAAGUUCAAAUUACAGCUGCCAAUAGAUUGGGAUAUUCAGAACCAACAGUCUAUGAGUUCAGCAUGCCACCAAAGCCAAACAUUAUUAAAGAUAAAUGCUGUGAAGCGAAUAAAGGUGAAAACAGAAGCAAGUCAUGGCAGCUGAAUGCUGCUGGGUUUUCUUUCAUUCUAGCCAUAAGUUUGUCUUGGAUGUUUUAAUGUUGUUGUUAUAUGAUAUUUCCUUCUAUGCCCUGCAAAUUUACAAGGCUAAUCUGAAAUUAUGAUAAAAGGUUUUCUAUGGUCCAACUAAUUAUGCAUGUAUCUUCACCCAUGAACAAUUAGCCUAUUUUUCCCUUCCCCAAAUUGUCAAACUUUAAAGUAGAUAAUUUGUCAGAAAAUCACUGAAAGAAAGAGAAUCAGGAUUGUUUCUUCCAGGAUACAGUUCACUGAAUAAUUUGCUUCAUUCUAAAGUUUCCUUUAAUUUCUGAAGUUGACCUUGUUAAAUAUCAUGUCACUUUUACUUGGAAUGUAAGCAUUUGCUGCAUCUAACCUCUUUUAUUUGAUUGUUUUGCAAAUCUAAUUCAAUAUCCAUGAGCAUACAUUGUAUAAUUAGUAAUUUUAUUAUGUAGAAUUGUGGAUCUUUUAUGUUGGUUUAAAAUGUUAUCCUUUAAAAUUUAAGUUUCUAACUUUAUGGACAUUUAUAAAACUUCAUAGUGUUUACCAUUUAUAUAAAACAUAACCCUGAUAACUUUUAUUAUAUUAGAUGUGUACCCCUAUUGUGCUGCCUAUUUUUCUUUUAAUGACCUAAAAUGUCAUAAGGAAUAAAAGUGGAAGAAUUUCUUCUUUUAAAUUUGAACACCAAUUUUAAAGUAUCCAUUUUUUAUUAUGUGAAAAUAUCUCACUGCAGUUGUUCCAAAGUAAGUAAUAAAUUAAGUUUUAAUGUGUUUAAAAAGUGGCACUCUGUUCACUGGAUAAGGACUGUACUGUGAACGGGCAUCAGCUUCUCUUACCUACUUCUUGAGAGAAGAUGAACUUGAGGUGAGAAGGAGGUGUUGCUACAUUCCAUUUUUCAGAGGAAGCUGGAUUUGAGGGAGUAUCAUGAGUAAUGAUUUCAGUUUUGACAUUUUCAUUCAUUAGGAAAUAAGAAAAGUGUUUUGUGCUUUUUACUCUCAAACACAUUCUUCAAAUGAUUCUUAACACUCAUUCAGGACAAUUAGAAAACAAUCAGAUUUAUGUAUAUCACAAGAGUGACCAUACCUAUCUGGUAAAUUAAAUGAUUGGAUUCUGGGCUUUGAGAGUGUCCCUCAUCAAAAACUAUUUAUUUUGCUGCAUGAAAGCAUUUUCUUAUUCUUUAAAAAAAAAAAAAAAAAAGCUACAGGAUCCUAUUACGUAAGACGUAACGCUAGACUUCUCCUUAGUAGUCUGUUUUCUUUAUCUUUUCUAAAUUCUGCUAGGCACUGCUGUCCUUUCUUCUGACCUAGCAAUGGAUCCUUUAGAAUCCAAAAGUAAUCAGUCCACAGAUUAAACACUUUUCUAUUUUCUUUCCUUUUCUUCUGCUGAGACAAAGGAACUCCCAGACUUGAGCACGAUGGAACUCUAACCUGCUUAUGGAGAAUGUUUUGUUUUUAAAAUCACCAUGGCAGGGGUGUCUUAGUCAGUUAAGCAUCUCCCUUCAGCUCAGGUUAUGAUCCUGGGGUCCUGGCAUUGACUCCAUAUUGCUCAGUGGGAAUCCUGCUUCUCCUUCUGCACACCCUCCACUUGUGUUCUCUUUCUCUCUCUCUCUUAAAGAAAGAAAUGAAAUGAAAUGAAACAAAAUUGCCACAGCCAACUUUUUUUUUUUUUUUUAAUUAAAGAACUAAUUAUAAGUGCAUGUUAUAUUCCAGGAGGUCUAUAUUUGGAGAGGAUAUGUAGACUGGUUGGCUACUAAUAACCAGAAAGUGCUGGGAAAGAGAAUGCCAAUAACUCUUCCAGGAAGUUUUUCCUGUUCACUAUAACCUGCCUGAAUCUUUCCAAUAAGACAAAGGCUUCCACGAGAUUUAUGCAAAAAUUAUUUUGACAUAGUAUAUGAUAGAAAAUGCUUUUGUGGAGAACAUGGAAUAUGGAUUUCAUAAGAUAACAUAGCUGAUUUUUAAAAAUUUAAUAUUCUAUGACUUAAGGUCACCAACAGUGAUAUGAUGAAUACUCAAAGUCAGGUUUACAUGGUAUUUAAAGUGAUAUUUUGACAGUUGAGAAAAUAAUCUCAAAUGAAAAUUUUAUUGUCUCACAGAAUUAUUUACAUUUAACAAAUUCUUCACUUAGUUUUUAUAAACACUUAAGUACAGAACAAGUUUUUAAUCCUGAAAUUAAUAAGCAGUGUAUCACUUGACCAAAUGUUUAUGCUUAGAAGAACAGUUAUUUUGCAGUGCUGAGAAAUGUGUAAAUUCUUGAAAAUAGAUCCUCAGACAUCUUAAAAUACAGGUUCUGUGCUUUGGUUUAUUUCUACAAGAAAUAGGAAAGCACAAAACUCUGAACAGCACAGCUAUAACAUUUCGAUAAUUGAGACCUUAGAGAUUAUAAAUUACCUUCUUAGAUUUUUAAAAAAUCUUAAUAAUAUGUAAGUUUUGCUACUAAAUUAUCAUUUUUAUUAUCUGAGUUUUAGUUUUGUUAUAUACAACCAUGUAAUCGGACCCUGCUGUUUAGUCUAAUUAGUAUCUACCUGUGGGUAUAAAUGAAUGUGAUUGUUGGUAAACAAAACAUAAAAAUUCAACUUUUUUUAAGUCUCUCCUUCAUAUCAUCCAGUGAUGUUUUUUUCAACCAAUAAAUUCUUAAAUAAAAUCCUGUGUCUAAUAUGUAUAAAAUAUGAACUUGUGUGUUAUGGUGAGUUUUCUGUUAACCAUUACAUGUAAUGUGUCUGUGUCUGCAGAUAUGUAGAUCAUAUCUCUGAAUGUUAAAUCAUUCCAGAAAUUUGAGUAUCCUCUACCAGUUACUAAGUUAGUUGAUUUGCUUGAGGAUGAUUGCUGCAAUUCCACGUGCAGAUCAGGAUUAAUUUCGUCUAUAAUCAUGGAUAUUUCCUUUUUUCUCCUCCUCGCUCUUGCCUGAUUUGUCUUCUUUUCUUCUUUUAUUAUUUACGCUUCUGGUUUCUCUACUCCAAACCAAACUCUGUAAUUAUUUACCAAAUCACUAGAAGGCUCACCUAUACCAUGUGCCAGAUGUGCUAACUGAGUAUGGCUAGAAGGUAGCAGAAAAGUCUUUUCUAGCAAACUUCUUGUGUGGAAAAUCGUAGGUCAAUUUCCACUUUGCAUCCUCUCUCCUCAUAUUAGUCAUUGAAAAUAAUGACAUUUUAUAAAUGCUAUUCAUACUAUUCCAAAAACAUGACACAAACGAACAUAUGUAUAUUCAUUUGUGGUAGACGUGGAUAAGAUUAAAAUGUCUUAGAGCUUAUUUUUAAAAAUUUCUUUCCUUUAGCCAAAAUAUCUUAAGUAUUUCAAAACAGUAAAUAAAUAAAUAUAUUUUAGACACUGGAUUAAAAAUUUGUAUGUAAUUUCAAUUAGACAUAUAAAAUGAAUACAUGCAUAAAUAACUUAAUUGAAAAUAGUUUUCACUAUUUAAAUAUACAGCAGGUUUUUUUAAAUUAAGAAUUAAAGGGGCGCCUGGGUGGCUCAGUGGUUUAAAGCCUCUGCCUUCGGCUCAGGUCAUGGUCUCAGGGUCCUGGAAUUGAGCCCUGCAUCGGGCUCUCUGCUCAGCAGGGAGCCUGCUUUCCCCUCUCUCUGCCUGCCUCUCUGCCUACUUGUGAUCUCUGUCUGACAACUAAAUAAAUAUAAGCUUUAAAAAAAAAAAGAAGAAAUAAAUUAAGAAUUAAAAAUACAAGUAUGCACAGAAGUUCAUAAGUUAUACAGUUCAGGUCAAUUUGGAAGCCAUUAUAAUUUAACUGAAAUAUAUUCCAUGUAAGAAUGGUGACUUAUCAUAUUUAAUUUAAAACUGAAAUAAGGAAAAUUCUACAGUAGUUUCAACUUAGAACAUUUGGAUUUGUGAUUAUUUAGUUAUAGUCAAAAAAAAGAGUGUGCAGGAAAUAAUUAAUCUUUUUUGGGAUAGGAUGAAUUCUAUUAGACAUCUGAAAACUAUUGUAUUUAUUAAUACGGUAUACCUAAACUGGGAAUGGAAAAAUAAAUUUUAGAUUUACAAAUGAUUUUAGUGAUUUAAGAUAGAUAUUUAUAUAUCAACAGUAGAAUCAUUAAGUAUGUUCAGGUCUAGUUUUCAAGAAGAGUUAGCUCAUGUUACUUGUAACAACACUUUCAGUUUUGAAGUAGUUAGGCAAUCUCUCUCCUCAUGUAAAAUUAUCAGAAAAUUUCUCCCUGUUUGUUUUUGGUUAUGACAUUAACUGCAUUAAGAACUUUAAAUAGUGUGUUACAGUGCUACCUAAAUUAAAUGUCAUUUAUAAUUUUCUUUUGCCCUUAUGUAUUAUAAUUUUACUUAUCAUGAAGGUUGUAUCCACAUGUGUCAUUUAAUGUAUUUUAUUAUGACUCAAAUCUGUGAGGUGUAAUAUCCUUUAAACAACCUUUGAAUAGGUACAAAUUAAGUAGGUUCUCUCUUAUAUUAGCUUUUUUCCUUCCUUCCUUCCUUCCUUCCUUCCUUCCUUCCUUCCUUCCUUCCUUCCUUCCAAUUUAUUCUUUCUAAUAUUCUCUCUCCCUUCCAUUCCUUUCAUUCCCCCUCUUUGUCUCUCUUCCUGGGCUCUUCUCUCUCUUUCCCAACCCCCUCCAGCCUUCCAUCCCUUUCUCUCAAUUUCUGCCCAUGAAUAAAUAGGGUUUAUUUUUUCUAUUUCUUUUUCAUUAAUCACUGUUAAAUCUUAAAGUCUUACAAUUUGUGCUAUGGAUAUAUGUCCUAAAACCUUCAGAAAGACUAAUUCAUUGAAGGGAUAGCUCAAAUUUGCAUACUUUAAAUUAUGGGAGCUGCAAAUAUUCUACAAAUUGCCCUUGAAAUUAUCUCAAUAUGCAUUGAAAUUGGUAAAAAUUCCAUUCCCAGCUGAUUAUGUCAUAAAUAAUAAAGAGAAUUAUUUAAUCACUGUUAAUACUUGAUAGUUUAUCUUAGAAUCCAGAAGGUAUUACCACAGUAAAUUUUAGGACCUAACUAAAGGAAAAAAAUCUUUCUAACCUCUCCUUAACCUGAUCUCUUCUGUAUUACCAUCUAAAUGGGUAGAGUUAACAUUUAAAGUUACCACUUUUUUUAACUUUUAAAUAUAAAGCUGUAGUAUUAUCUCUUUUUAAUUUAUUGUACUUAAAAACUUGAUGAAAUACAUAAAGGUUAUAAUAGCAUCUUGACAGCUUCUCAAUUUUUACCUAAGGCAAACAACUUCAGUAAACUUAAAUUUAAUUGUUCUGCCAUAAAGACAGAGAUAAGAGUGUGAUAUCAAUGCUGUGUUUUCCAAAUACCUUUGAUUUUAUUAUCUUCAUAAUAUGAGCCAGAUAAAGAUUUUCUGAUAGUAAUCCAUUCUUCUUUUAUCGCUAUUAAUUAAUUUUAAAGCCUAAAUUGAAAGAAAAAUCGAAACAGCUAAGGAACACACAUAUGUUCAAGAGUUCUAUUAUUAUAUCUGUGCUGAUCUGAACUGCAACUGAUAUCCUUAUGGCUCUGUUGGUAGACUAUUAUUUUACCUAAUUUUUAAAGAAAGGUUGAUUCAAGUAGACUCAAAUUUCAUUUUAAGUGUGAAUUAAUUAAAUGUAUUUUUAGUUAUAAUGUAAAGUUUCUUAACUUGUAUAUGUUCAAAUUCAAUUAACUUAUUCUUUAUUAUUCCAUUUUAACUAAUGAAAAUGCAAAGUAACAUAUUUAUAAACAUUGCAUAAUAUUAAGAGAUAGCAUCUUUUUCUUAAUUAUACCAUAUUUAUUUUUACUAUAUACUUGUACUAAAUGGGCACUAUGAAAUAAAUCUCCUAGUUAAUCUUUUUUUUAAAUGCAAGCAAUUAAAAAUUACUGUUUUAAGUAAUCUCCAUGAUUCAUGAACUUCUUUAAGAAUAUUUUAUCUCACAUCUUUCACUGAUUUUAUGUAUAACACUUGUGUUUUAAAGUGACAAUUUCUGAUCAUUUUAAUUGCAUUUGCUUUCAUCAUGGCUUAUUUUCUUGAAAAAAAUGUAUGUUAUAAAUGUAUUGUCUUCAGUAUCAUCUCUUAUUUAAAACCCUCAACAUAAUAUCCAGCACUAUGUGUAAUCCUAUGCAUGUGUUUCAUAGUAAAUUAAAUGUCAUUUUAUUUUCUGUACCUCUGUGUCUCCAUUGUUGUAAUAAA